CCAGCAAAAGAAACAGCCGAGGAAGAAAAUAAUCACCAAACACAAACUGAAUUAGAUCCCAUCACUAAAUUUCAGCAACGCCAAGCCCAAGCAAACAGUCAUGCAAAACCAAACUCUGAGCCAGCAGUUAAUAAUUCCGCAACUAGUUAA